CAGGCCGACCCCUCGAACCUGUGAGGUCCAGUGCCAGCGUCCUUGCGCGUUUCGAGACUCCCACCUCACCUCUUACUACCUACUUGUAUCUGUCAUCUCUCAACCUCUCCCCCCAGACCUCGUCCGCUCCAAUAUAUCCCAUCCCGCUCGCCUGCCUUUUGCAUCUGGGCCUUCGCUAGCGCUUGCUCUGCGAUCCAGCCCACUUGCUUCCUUGGAGGGAUUCUAGCCUCCACAGGCUCUCCGCCAUCCCAACUUAAGUUCUUAUUAACCCCCCCCCCAAAUCGCAGCGGCGCCCCGUCCCGCUGCCCAGUGCCCAGUGCCCAGUGUCUGCCCCCUGGACAUCUCCUGAAACUCGCCGUUCCCAUCCCUCUCUCCCCUCGCCCAUCCGCCCGCUCGAGUCCAGUCGAGACGAGUUGAUCCCACGAUGGAUUCUAAUAACAACCGCCUGUUCCUCAACUUUGGAGGCAACAGCAACGACCGCCUCACCGCUUCCGACCGCACGUAUCCAACCACCCCCUCGACAUUCCCACAGCCCGUCUUCCCCUCCGGCUCUGGGCAGCCCGCCAUGCAACACCAGCAGCAGCAACAACAAUACGCCGGCGGCGGCUACAACGCCCAGGGCUAUUUUGUCCAGAACAACCAGUACGCUCCUCAGUACCAGGGCCAACCGGGCAAUGACUACGCCAACCAGAACGCCGCCUACCAGCCGCGAUCCAACACACCGGGCACCAACGACCCCAACACCGGCCUUGCUCACCAGUUCUCCCACCAGAACCUGGGAGGCGCCGCCAGAGCCCAGCAGUAUGGCUCUCGGGCACCUCCACAGCGUCCUAGAACUGCUGGCGCAUCGGGACAGCAGCCUGGGUACAACAACUACAUGAAUGCUCCACCCAUGCCUGGCCAGACCGCCGCUCCUGUUCCCGAGUUCCAGCAAGCCCCCGAGCGCAACCCCGACCGAUACGGCUCCAGUGCCAACAGCAACCAGAAGAAAUGCUCUCAGCUGGCCGCUGAUUUCUUCAAGGACAGUGUCAAGCGUGCUAGGGAGCGCAAUCAAAGACAGAGCGAGCUGGAGCAGAAGCUCCAGGACCCGGGCCAGAGCUCAGGUCGGAGAGAGCAGCUAUGGUCCACUGCCGGAAGGAAGGAGGGCCAGUAUCUCCGUUUCCUGCGAACAAAGGACAAGCCCGAAAACUACAACACCGUCAAGAUUAUCGGAAAGGGUGCUUUCGGAGAGGUCAAGUUGGUGCAGAAGAAGGGAGACGGCAAGGUCUACGCCAUGAAGUCUCUUAUCAAGACGGAAAUGUUCAAAAAGGACCAGCUGGCCCACGUUCGAUCAGAGCGAGACAUUCUCGCCGAGUCCGACAGUCCUUGGGUCGUCAAGCUCUACACUACCUUCCAGGACUCGUACUUCCUCUACAUGUUGAUGGAGUUCUUGCCUGGUGGAGAUCUCAUGACCAUGCUUAUCAAGUACGAAAUCUUCUCUGAGGAUAUUACGCGAUUCUACAUUGCCGAGAUUGUCCUCGCCAUUGACGCCGUCCACAAGCUCGGUUUUAUCCAUCGUGAUAUUAAGCCUGACAAUAUUCUCCUUGAUCGAGGCGGUCACGUCAAGUUGACCGAUUUCGGUCUCUCUACUGGCUUCCACAGACUUCACGACAACAACUAUUACCAGCAGCUGUUGCAGGGCCGGUCCAACCGUCCCCGUGACCGAACCUCCGUGGCCAUUGACCAGAUCAACCUUACUGUUAGCAACCGAUCCCAGAUCAACGAUUGGCGACGGUCACGAAGACUGAUGGCCUACUCCACCGUCGGAACCCCUGACUACAUCGCCCCUGAAAUUUUCACUGGACACGGAUACACCUUUGACUGCGAUUGGUGGUCACUGGGAACUAUCAUGUUCGAGUGCUUGGUUGGCUGGCCCCCGUUCUGUGCCGAGGAUAGCCAUGACACCUACCGCAAGAUUGUCAACUGGAGGCAAACCCUGUACUUCCCCGACGACAUCACACUGGGCGUUGACGCGGAGAAUCUGAUCCGAAGCAUGGUUUGCAACACCGAGAACCGACUUGGUCGGGCCGGUGCACAUGAGAUCAAGAGCCACGCCUUCUUCCGUGGCGUCGAGUUCGACAGCCUGCGUAGAAUCCGAGCUCCUUUUGAGCCGCGCUUGACGUCCAACAUCGACACGACCUACUUCCCUACCGAUGAAAUUGACCAGACCGACAACGCGACGGUCCUCAAGGCUCAGGCCCUCCAGUCGGGCCGUGGCCCUGUGGAGGAGACUCCGGAAAUGAGCUUGCCCUUCAUCGGCUACACUUUCAAGCGGUUCGAUAACAACUUCCGAUAAUUGCAGCCUGGAAGGACAAACACUCAACCUACUUACAUGAUCGAGAGAAUCUUGCUCUGCGAAUGGACUUCCUCUAGCCCGGCGGGAAGAGAGUGGGCGGUAGCAAUGCAACGAGCGCGGAAAUGUUGCUGUUCAGCGGUUGUCAGACGGCGUAGCGUGGAUCUGGGGCCAACUAUCCUCUUCCACCUUUCAGGAUCUGCCUCUCGUCUCUCUCGUCAUUACCCCAGGCUCCUCUUUUGCAAUAUUUGUACGUAAUCCAACAGGCGGGAGGGUUGAGUUGAAAGGUUGGCACUUAGACUUGGGUGAAGCGUGUGCUAUAUCUUGCCAUUUUAUUGUCCUGGGCAUGUCUCUAAAAGAUGAGGUAUAGACGUGCUCAUAGCCAUUAAAGCCUAAUUGAAAAAAAGUAGCUGGUA